GGAGAUUACCGAGUUCCGAGUUGUGUUGAACACCGCAACAUCCCUUCUCCCUUUUCCUGGGAAUGUGGGUGGCGAUGUUGUCAACGUGACUGUCAUCAAGCAGAGGCAGAGAAAACAGCCAGCGAAGCCAUCAGUGGAGGUUCGCUUGCUUUAUCCUGUCGGACUUGAAAAGUGGCAGGAAGAUACCAGCCGCGGAUCCUGUACAUAUGACGUCGUUUUAAACCAUAUUAGUUGAGCCCUCGAACUUCUUACCUCAUAGUUUCGGAAAUCGUAUCGCCUAAUGGAAUAAUUAUUUCUCAAAUUUAGCCACGGUUCCAGCUAGCUAGGUUCGCUACUCUGUCUUACAGGUAACGUUAGAACAGUGGCUGGUGACAAAGGAGGUAAGGUGGCGAGAAAACGAUGAAUCGGUUUCGAAAGUGGCUUUACAAGCCGAAGAGGUCCGACCCUCAGCUCCUGGCCCAGUUCUACUAUGCUGACGAGGAGCUCAACCAGGUGGCCACAGAACUGGAUAGCCUGGACGGCAGGAAGGAUCCUCAAAGGUGUACCCUGCUGGUCAACCAGUUCAGAUCCUGUCAGGACAACGUGUUGAACAUUAUCAACCAGAUCAUGGAUGAAUGUAUCCCAGGUGACCGAGCCAACAGAGACUUCUGUGUCAAGUUCCCAGAAGAGAUUCGCCAUGACAACCUUGCGGGACAGCUGUGGUUCGGGGCUGAGUGUCUGGCUGCAGGGUCCAUCAUCAUGAACAGGGAGAUUGAGAGCAUGGCUAUGAGGCCUCUGGCCAAGGACCUGACACGCAGUCUGGAGGAGGUCCGCAACAUCACCCGAGACCAGGCCCUCCGAGACCUCAACUUCUACACGGACCGCAUGAGGGACGCGCUGCGCCACUUCGACAGCCUCUUUGCUGAGUUUGAGCUCAGCUACGUGUCAGCCAUGGUGCCUGUGAAGUCUCCAAAAGAAUACUACGUUCAGCAGGAGGUGAUUGUGCUGUUCUGUGAGACCGUCGAGAGGGCACUUAAGCUGGGCUACCUCAGCCAAGACAUGAUCGAUGACUAUGAGCCCGCUUUGAUGUUUACAAUCCCCAGACUAGCCAUCGUGUGUGGUCUGGUGGUUUAUUGUGAUGGCCCGCUCAACUUGGACAGGAAACCAGAGGACAUGUCGGAGCUAUUCCGGCCCUUCCGCACUUUACUGAAGAAGAUCAGGGACCUGCUACAGACCCUGUCAGAGGAGGAGCUGUUGACGCUGGAGAGAAGCCUCUGUAUCUCCCAGGAUGGGGAGUUCCCCCUGGUCCCUGAGCUCACCACUGCCCCAACCAUCACCCCAGAACCCCCGCCAUCCAGCAGCCCCACCACCGACUCCCCGGAAGGGCAGAGUGAGGAGGACCAGAAGAGGGAGCAGCAGGAGGUGAUGUCUCUGCGCAUCUCCGACAUCCAGGAGGAGGAAGACAGGGAGUGGGAGGAGGUGGAGAGGGGAGAGGAAGAAGAGGAGCAGGGUCAUCCGUGCGAGGAAGCGGAGGAGGCGGACCUGGCUUGCUCCAUGCAGUUUGACGAGGAGGAGAUUGAGCAGCUCAACAUGAUGGUGUACCGGGUGGGGGACGAGAUGUCCACGCUGCUGUCCCCCCCCAGUCAGUGCCAGUCCCCGGCCCACCGGCCCAACAGGGGCGGCUCCAGCAGUGGCUCCAGCACCGAGGCCUCUCCUCUCAGGGCGCCGGUGGGCCGGGGAAAGGCGGGUCUCUGCCAUGAGGAGGAGGACCGAGUGUUCUUCAUGGAGGACCUGGAUGCAGGCGGGGAACUUGUGAGCGGCGGACGUGUCACAUCCCCGUCCAAAGCCUUUCAGCCGUCGUCUCCUCAGCCUCGCCGGCCCGGCCCGCGGACCCAGUCAACCGGGAACGGCUGGUCCCGUGACGAGGUGUCAGAGCCGACCCAGCAGCCCCAAGUCCAGAGCCCCGGCACCAAGCCGCCUGCCUGCGGACCCGGCCCGGAGCCCAACAGCUGGGAGGUGGGCCUGGGCGAGACGGAAACCGCUGAAGUCAUCGCACACCGCAUGGGAGGGAUGAAGCUGUCGGCCACCGUCAUCUUCAACCCCCGUUCCCCCAGCCUGGCUGAGCUGGCUGCGGACAAACUGCUUCUCCCCCAGCCGCCGCCUUCCUCGGACGCGGAGCCCUGCGGCCCCCUGGUGGCCACACACUGCCUGCUCAACUCCUGCGUUUGCUGUGGCAGCUGCGAGGACGGCCACGACGACGCCCUGACCAUGGACCCCAGGGGCCUGGGGCGGGGCCUGGGGAAACACUGCAAGGCCCCCCCACACAGCCCUGUCAUCCAGUCCACAGCCUGCCGCCUGGCCUCGUCCGGCCACAGCCUCCAUGGGAAGGGGGACUCUCCCCCCAAGCUGACGCCCCCCUCCUCCCGCUGCUCCACGGAGCUCCCUCCAGGGGAGGAGGCAGAGGGCCAGCCCUGUGACAAGUGCCUGGUGGUGGUGGCCCCGGGGCCUCCUCAGAGCCUAGACAGGAGCCCCACUAGCGAAAGGGGAGCCCCAGAACCAUGUGCCCACCAAUGGAGGACGGUGAGGAGGCCUCAGGCCAGCGGGGGGAGAGAGAGAGAGAGGACGGGGCCCAGGGAGGGAGACCGGGAGUUAAAGGAAGACGGCAAGAAGAACAGCAGUAUUUUUCAGGACUCUCCUCUCAGCUCCAUCUCCAGUAGUGACUGUGAGAGUGUGUCUGUCACCACAUGUAGUCUGUCCAGCAGUGAUUGCACCACCAGCCCCAUCAGCAGUCUGACCACAAGCUCAGGGACGUCAGAGGAUCUUGACCACCACGAGAUCCAGCUGGCCCUGCAGGCGGCUAAGAUGGCCGCCAGGAACAAGAUCCGUUCGCGCUUCCACAGCAGCAGUGACCUCAUCCACCGCCUCUUUGUCUGCAUAUCGGGCGUUGCUGACCAGCUUCAAACGAACUAUGCUGCAGACCUUCGGAGCAUCCUGAAGACGCUGUUUGAAGUAAUGGCUACAUCUGAGCAGGGGGACAAUGAUAAGCAGAAAGCAGGUCCAGGGCUCCGUAGUGCUGUACUGGAGGACUGCGCUCUCUGUCAGGAGACCCUCUCCUCCUCUGAGCUGGCAGCCAAAGCCCAGGAGGGCCAGUUUGAAGAUCCCCCAGACUGGGUUCCUGAUGAGGAGUGCAGCUCCUGCAUCGCCUGCAAGGCUCCCUUCACCGUCAUCCGCAGGAAGCACCACUGUAGGAGUUGCGGGAAGAUCUUCUGCUCCCGCUGCUCCUCCCACUCCGCCCCGUUGCCACGGUACGGCCAGGUGAAGCCGGUGAGGGUGUGUACGCACUGCUACAUGUUCCACGUCACGCCGUUCUACAGCGACAGGACUGGCGUCUGACCCCUGCUCUACAGACAUAGUACGAGCCAGCCUCCCUGUCCCGCCCCCCCCCCCCCCCCACG